AUGGUUUUCUCUUCUAUUCCAUCUUAUUUAGAUCCUCUCAAUUGGCAGCAACAACCAAAUCAACAUCAGUUGCUUCCACCACUAUCCUCACAGCCACAUGGUGCAGGCUCGAUAAUCAGGCCUGGUUCGAUACCGAAUCAAGGUCAAGGUCAAGGUCAAGUUCAAGUUCAAGCUCAGGCUCAGACAAGUCAAGCUCAAGAAAUUCAAACAGGUCAGACUCAGGCUCAGAAUCAAACUCAGAUAGCUAAACUACCACAACAAGAGACAGCUUUGAAGUGUCCUCGUUGCGAUUCAACCAACACCAAAUUUUGUUACUACAACAACUAUAACUUAUCUCAACCAAGACACUUUUGUAAGACAUGUAGGCGUUACUGGACGCGAGGGGGUGCAUUGAGAAAUGUUCCUGUUGGUGGAGGGUGUCGUAGAAGCAAGAAAACCAAAAAGAGUAACACCACUAUUACUAGUACUACUACUCCUUCCAAAUCUCCAAUAUCUAAUAGUAAUGAAAAAGAUUAUUCAACAAGUGCAAUCCAUUCAUCUUCAACACCUUUCGGAGAAUUCUUGAAUCCAAGUAACAAAACCUACAUGAACAUGACAUCUCUGCAGAAUCUGAGUCGCUAUGGCGUUGGAAACGUUGGUAAUAUGGGGUUUCAAAUCGGAGAUUAUAGUGGAGGCGGAGAAGGUGGUGGAGGUUUGGAUCAGUGGCGGUUUCAACAAUUUCCCUUCAUGAAUAAUGGUUAUGAAUCAACUACUUCAAAUGUUUCUUUCCCAUUUCAAAGUGAAAUUGUUGAACCACAAACUUCAUCUAGGGCUAAUACUCAGAUCAUGCCUGCAUCGGUUAAAUCGGAACACAACGGAGGUUUGAGUUUCUUAAGAUCUCCUCUGAGUGUCUCAGAGAAUAACAACAACCAUUACAAUUCAUGGAAUGAUUUUUCUGGUCUCGCAUCUUCUUCCGCUAGUCGUCUGUUGUAA